UUGAGAUUUGUAAAAGUUGGGUGUAACUUGUCGGUUGUGUCAUGUUGUAGCCAUGGUGUUGUUAAAUAUUUAUUUAUUUUUGUUUAUUUAUCCCAACUUAAUUUCUGCAGAUUACUACAAUGAAUAUGAAUGUAAUACACCCCUAUUGCAUAGAGCAGCACUUAGUGCAACAUCUUCUAUGAAUGAACGAGGACCUGAGAAUGCCGUUCUUUAUGGUGGCAACGCCUGGAGUGCCCAGGAGAGCGACUUUGACCAAAAUCUCAUUAUUGACUUGGGUCAAGUAAUGAAUGUCACCAGAAUCUGGACGCAGGGUAGGCCGCAUAGCAAAGAGUAUGUCAUGGAGUACCGCAUUAGCUAUGGCACCAAUGGCUUAGAUUAUGCGGACUACAAAGAAUCUGGUGGUGACAUCAUGAUGUUCCCCGGCAAUGUAGAUGGCGACAAAAUCCACAAAAACGAAUUCGAGGUACCCAUCAUCGCUCAGUGGAUACGGAUAAAUCCUACGAGAUGGCGAGACCGCAUUUCUUUAAGAGUAGAGCUGUUUGGUUGUGAAUACGAAGCCGACAAUGUGUACUUCAACGGUACCGCCCUCCUGAAAUGGGACUUAAUGAGGGAACCCAUCUCGGCGUUAAGAGAGAGCAUCAGAUUCAGAUUCAAGACCACUUCACCAAACGGAGUGGUCUUGUAUAGUAGAGGCACCCAAGGGGAUUACAUCGCUUUGCAGCUUCGAGAUAACAGAAUGCUGUUGAACAUAGAUUUAGGUACUGAUACUGUGACGAGCUUGUGCGUCGGCAGCUUGCUGGACGAUAACAUAUGGCACGACGUUGUUAUUUCUCGUAACAUGAGAGACAUAUUAUUCUCCGUGGAUCGAGUGGUGGUAAUGGAUAAAAUCAAAGGCGAAUUUCAGAGGUUGAAUCUGAACAGAGACUUUUACGUUGGUGGUGUUCCGAAUAUUCAAGAGGGACUGGUAGUGCUUCAGAACUACACGGGCUGCAUUGAAAAUUUAUAUUUGAACUCGACCAACCUCAUCCAUGAUGUGAAAGAGGCCUUCCAGUACAGAGAAGCUUUGAGGUUUGAAAAAAUAAACACGGGCUGGAGUUGUCCGGAGCCGCCGAUCGUACCAAUUACUUUCAAAACCCAGAAGUCGUUCGCGAGAUUGAAGGGUUACGAAGGGAUGAGCUCGCUGAAUGCCUCAUUUGCGUUCAGGACGUACGAAGACAACGGGAUUCUGCUGUACCAUGCCUUUUCAUCCAGCGGAUAUGUAGCUAUCUUCCUGGAACAAGGAAAGUUGAAAGUAGAACUGGUCACAGCCAACAACCCCAAAGUCAUAUUCGACAAUUACGAGAGCAAGUUUAACGAUGGAAGAUGGCACAGCGUCGUUUUAUCGAUUGCAACCAACAAAGUGAUCCUAUCCGUCGAUUACAGAUUAAUGCACACCACUAGACUGCUGAAAAUCACCACCGGGGGCACCUACCUCAUAGCAGGGGGCGUGAGCGCCGCCUUAGGUUAUUCCAGUAUCGUAUUUCCUGGCUUUGUCGGUUGCUUGAGGACUAUUCGCAUCGACGGCAACAACAAACUGCCCACCGACUGGACGAAAGAGGAAUACUGCUGUGGAGAUGACGUUGUUUUUGACGCUUGUCAAAUGAUAGAUCGUUGCAAUCCGAAUCCUUGUAAACACGGCGGAACGUGCAAACAAAAUUCUAUGGAGUUUAUGUGCGUUUGUAAAGAGACCGGUUACGGCGGUGCCGUUUGUCACACUUCCAUCAAUCCGUUGUCCUGCGUAGCUUAUAAAAACGUACAAGCGGUGGGGCAACGAGCCGAGAUCAAAAUCGACGUAGACGGUAGCGGGCCGUUGUCGCCUUUCCCGGUCACUUGCGAAUUCCAUUCCGACGGUAAAGUUUCCACAGUGCUCCACCACAAUAACGAAGCUACGACUUCGGUGGACGGCUUUCAAGAACCCGGCAGCUUCAUCCAGGACAUUCACUACGAGGCGAACGACGACCAAAUCACCGCUUUGAUCAACAGGUCGAGUACUUGUCGGCAACGCAUCGAGUAUGCUUGCAAAGGGGCGAGGCUGUUCAACUCGCCCUCUGAUGAGAACAAUUUCAGGCCGUUUUCGUGGUGGGUGUCGAGACACAACCAGAAGAUGGACUACUGGGGAGGUGGGCUUCCCGGCUCUAGGAAAUGCGAUUGCGGAGUGUUGGGUACUUGUAUCGAAAAGACGAAGUGGUGUAACUGUGACGCCGCCUUGGAUCUGUGGUUGAUAGAUGCAGGUGACAUAGUGGAAAAAGACGACCUUCCGGUCAAACAGCUGCACUUUGGUGACACCGGCAGUGCCUUAGACAACAAGGAAGGCCGUUACACCUUGGGGCCCCUGAUAUGCCAAGGUGACGAUUUAUUCAACAACGUCGUUACCUUCAGGGUGGCCGACGCCACCAUAAACUUGCCCACUUUCGACAUGGGCCAUAGUGGUGACAUCUAUUUCGAAUUCAGAACUGCUUCCGAGAACGCUGUGAUAUUCCACUCGAAGGGACCCACGGAUUACAUAAAAUUGAGCAUCGUCAGUGGCAAUCAGCUACAAUUCCAGUACCAGGCUGGUUCCGGGCCCAUGGCAGUCAUCCGGGAGACCUCUUACAAGUUGGCUGACGACAGGUGGCAUUCGGUGUCGGUGGAGAGAAAUCGAAAAGAGGCAAUGAUAAUCGUCGACGGGGCAUUAAAAGCGGAGGUUAGAGAGCCUCCGGGACCUGUGCGUGCGCUUCACCUCACAUCGGAAUUGGUCCUUGGAGCUUCGCUCGAUUAUAGAGAUGGAUUCACGGGUUGCAUCAGAGCGCUGUUAAUAAAUGGAGAACAUAUAGAUCUGCGGUCUUACGCUCGCAGAGGGUUGUACGGAGUGUCGGAAGGAUGUGUAGGAAAAUGCCAGAGUAGUCCGUGUUUGAACAACGGGACGUGUCACGAACGUUACGAUGGAUACUCCUGCGAUUGCCGGUGGACCGCGUUCAAAGGCCCCAUUUGCGCCGAUGAAAUUGGCGUUAGCAUGAAAUCUAGCUCCAUGGUCAAAUACCACUUCGAGGGUUCUUUCAGGUCAACCAUUGCAGAACAUAUAAGAGUUGGCUUUAUCACCCCCAAUCCGAAAGGUUUCCUCUUGGGUUUCUCUUCCAUGAUUUCGGGCGAAUUCAUGACCAUCAUGGUUUCUAAUUCCGGACAUCUGCGGGUUGUGUUCGACUUUGGUUUCGAGAGGCAGGAGGUGAUUUAUCCCGACAAACAUUUUGGUUUGGGUCAGUACCACGACGUGACACUGUCUCGGAAGAACUCCGGGUCCGUAUUAGUCAUACAGGUGGAUAAUUAUGAACCGAAGGAGUUCCAGUUUAAUAUCAAGGCGUCCGCGGACGCCCAAUUCAAUAACAUCCAGUAUAUGUAUAUCGGGAAGAACGAAUCAAUGACUGAAGGUUUCGUAGGUUGCAUAUCUCGUGUGGAAUUUGACGAUAUUUAUCCGCUAAAGUUGCUGUUCCAGCAAGAGGGACCCGGGAACGUGGAGUCUUUGGGAACUCCGUUGACCGAGGAUUAUUGUGGGGUGGAACCCUUUACUCACCCGCCUGAUAUCGUGGAAACCCGUCCACCGCUCCUAUUAGACGAAGAAAAAUUAAGAGAGGCUUACAAUCAGGUGGAUUCUGCAAUUCUAGGAAGUGUGCUGGCUUUAAUCUUUCUGGCCUUGGUGGUGCUGCUCAUCAUAAUAGGCAGGUACCUUCACAGACACAAAGGCGAGUACCUGACCCAAGAGGACGCAGGGGCCGAUACCGCCCUCGAUCCCGACACUGCCGUAGUACACGGUACGACGGGCCACCACGUCCAAAAGAAGAAGGAGUGGUUUAUUUAGUAGAGUACCGACGCUGUUGUUUGAAGGUUGAGGCCUAAUAGUACAAGUUCAGCUGUGUAUAUAUUUUUUCGGCAGAAGAAUCUCCGAGUUGUCACGGAUUCCCUAAGUCCACAACUGAAACUCAAAUUUAUAUUGUUCGACACGUACCAAGAUAUUUUUUAUAAGCCGGUAAGAUCUGAAACUAGUUUUAUCUCUAUGAAUUACAUGACUUAGGUAUAAUUUUUUUUUACAUAUUGUCUUCGUAGUACAGGGUGUUUGGUGAAGUUGUUUCUUGCGGGAAGGUGUUUACUUUAUUGAAUACCCUGUACUUUUUUUAAGUUAUCUGUAUUAGAUAAAUAAUAUAUUCGGGGGUUUUGGUUGGUAUUCCUUCAGUCAUACAUAAAAAUUAUUUUUGUUCUAAACUAACUUUUUCGAAUUAUAUUGUUGCUUUCCUUGAUACAAGUCUUGGAUAAUUUUGUAAAAAUUCAGCAUCAACAAUUAAUUAUUAACAUUUAAAUUGUGUAAAUGUUUUACAUGUAAUUAAGACUCCCUCUUUUACCUAAAGAUUCAGGGUAUACAAGGUAAUAAAUAGAUGUAAAAAAAUAAACCAAAGCUUUUUGUACCAUGAGUACCAAAAUGAUAUUGUGGGAAAUUGUUUAUUUACCUGUGAAUAAAUUUAAAAAUUAAUGAAAUAAACCGUUGCGCCAAAUGUAUCAUGUUUUUUGCAGUGAACUAGACAAGAUCCGUACGUUUUCCUGUUUUUCCACUUUGUAUUCAUAGAACUUUGCGAUUUUAAACUGUAUAUUUUCAAAUUCAUUCCACAAUUCCCCACACUUUAGUAUCCUAGCUGGAAUCUGUUCUAUUUGUCGAUAGUAAUCUCCCUAAUAAAAGAACCAAAACGCGUUAACUGUCCCUUGAUAGUUGCCCGUUUGCAUGUUAACUGUUAAUUCCGCCAUUGUAAAAAUAAUACCAGUUUUUCGUCCAAUUUCAACACUUGUUCCCUUUUUUGAGUCCGCCAAUGUCCUAAUCAGCUGAUGAAUGACCUACUUAGCUGUGACUUCUUGCUUCUCCCUGCAUAGGCCGAAUGACUGCUUCAAGCACGUGUUUCGUUUGUUUUCCUGGCCCGUGGAACCUCUCUCGUCGAAUCGCCGGCAUGCUGUUGCCUCAGCUAUUCGCUGCCUCCUACUUGUUGCUUAUCCUUUUGCUGGCUCUUACGUGUAGAAACUAGCACUCGUACCCCUUCUAGCAUAUACAAAUUUAUCCAUAUGUCCAAUCCGGUUCGAACUGAUCAACUUUGUAUUGUUAAUGAAACACCAUUUUUUAGUGGACUGUAUUUGUAUGUAUUCGAGUAUAACUUCUGUGAAAUAAGACCUAAAUUGUAUGUUUGUUGGACAAGCUUGGAGGAGCUUCAGUUCGUAGACAUUUUUAUGCAAUCAGACUCGUAACCGAACCAAUCUCAGUAUUUAUAUAUUUUUUUACGAAAAUAGUUGUGUCUAACCAAAAAUUUUACAUGUAAUACACAUCACUAUAAACGCGCUUCAAAAAGUUGUUAAUGUUUCAAAAAUUUAUCUGUUUUUCAUCUUCUGAACUUAUAACUUUUCGUUUAAAUUAAAAAUGAAAAGUCAUAAGUUUAGAAGAUGAAAACAGAUAGAUUUUUUGAGAUAUUAACAACUUAUUGAAGUGCGUGAUGUGUAUUCUGUAUUUGUCUGCAUUUUUCAGGGUGAGAUUUUUGAUUAGGCAAAACUAUUUUAUAUUACUUUUUUACAUUAAUUUUCGAGUUUUUUCGCAGGUGAAUAUGAACAUCUGAAAUUUUGUUUUGUUUAAUUUCUCUGCGUUAGCUCCCUCAGUUUUUUAAUUAGUUGAACAUGAAAGUUGUUAA